AUGUGGAAGCGGCUCAGGUGUCGAGAAGCUGCAGAGUUUAGCAGAGCCAUCUCGGAGUGUAACUGUCGGGAGCUGUUCGAAGGGAGGACGCAGGUUAUGAUCAAACACCCACGUCCAUCCUCUCCACUGGAUCAGACUGGACACCGCUCCAGGACCCUCUCUGCUGAAGCCUUCUCCCUCACCGAGCUGUCCUUCCCUUGUGGUUCCCUGUUUACUAUCGCCCAGAGCUCAUGGCCAGAGAUCGUCCGCAUUCCGAGGGUUAUGCAGGCUGUGAUCGCAGUCCGCAGGCAGUUCGCGUCGGGGACACUGUGUGCAAGGAUGAAUGUCUGCGGGACUGAGCAGGACCUGAGCCGAAGCUCACUUGGCACGGUGGGCGACACGGAGGAUCUGCAGGCAAUGACCGUGCGCAGUCUGUCGGCGUCAGAUAUUCACAAACAUUAUGAUUUCAUCCGAGAGCUGGGCAAGGGGACGUACGGCAGGGUGGAGCUCGUCAUUCACAAAAACGCAGGAACCAAAAUGGCUUUAAAGUUUUUGAAUAAAAACAAAACAAAGCUGAAGAAUUUUUUGAAAGAGUACAGCGUCACUAACAAUCUCUCAUCCAACCCCUUCAUUAUCAAGGUCUUUGACAUUGUCUUUGAGACUGAAGAUUGCUAUGUGUUUGGUCAGGAGUACGCUCCAGGUGGAGAUUUGUUUGACAUCAUUCCUCCCCAGGUGGGUCUACCUGAGGACAAUGUGAAGCGCUGUGUGCAGCAGUUGGGUUUAGCUAUCGACUACAUGCACAAUAAGAGCCUGGUUCACCGGGAUAUAAAGCCAGAGAAUGUCCUUCUUUUUGACAAGGAGUGCAGACGGGUGAAGCUGUCUGAUUUUGGUAUGACACGCAAAGUUGGCUGCAGAGUGAAGCGCAUCAGUGGGACCAUCCCAUACACAGCUCCAGAGAUCUGUCAGGCCAACAGGACUGAAGGCUUUUUAGUUGACUGCAGCAUUGAUGUCUGGGCUUUUGGUGUUCUGAUCUUCUGCAUGCUGACUGGGAAUUUUCCUUGGGAGGCUGCCAUGCCAUCUGACACAUUCUAUGAGGAGUUUGUGCGGUGGCAGAGGGGCCGGCUGAAUGGGUUUCCUUCACAGUGGAAAAGGUUCACAGAUGGAGCCCUCCGAAUGUUUCAGAGGCUGCUGGCUGUUGAUCCAGAGAAAAGAUGUUCUGUCAAGGAAGUGUUUUAUUUUCUGAAAUGUGACUUGAUGGUAGAAUUGAGGAGGAGGUCUUCUUAUCGAUGUAGAACCCAUUCGUCUGAUAAACCGGCACACAAACAUGAGGGAACAACCCCCAACAUGCCUACUCCACUGAGAAGAAGCCUUCUGUCAGAAACAGCAGGUUCCAGAUUCACAUCCCCAUCAACAGAGUCAAGUUCACACCCAUCUGGAAGCAGGAUGGAGGGAAGACAGGACAAGAGCAAAGGUCGAAUGAUUGUUGCCACGUGCAGCAUGUUGAUCUCUUGCAUGCUGUCUGAAUCUCCAAUGGAAAUUUUUGUUGAUGCUUUUGAAUGUCUAAAGCCUGAAGAAUGGUGGGUAGAGGCCUCCAGUGGCAGCAGCAACAAUGCCAGGAUGACCUGGACACGGCUCUACUCCAGCCUGGGUCUCCUGGUGAUCAAGAGCAAGUCCCAGGCUGACUCCUCAGCCUAG